AUGACCAGACCUCGGCUUGCCGCCUAUGUCGUGACCUUCCUCCCCGUGUCGAGACGAGGCCUAUCCAGCCUCUGCAGUACAAGUACCCCAACGGCCAAACCACUCCGCAUUCUCUUCUGUGGUUCAGACGAGUUCAGUGGAGAAUCUCUGCGGGCGGUUCAUGCCGAGCAACAACGGAAUCCGAAUCUAAUUGCUUCGAUUGACGUCCUGCUCCGCCGAGCCAAACUCUCCGGCCGGGGACUAAAAGAAAAGCGUGAUGUACCUAUUAAAUCUAUCGCCCAGCAGCUCAGCCUGCCCAUCCACGAGAUCGAUGGUUUCAAAGGUUGGGAAUUGCCAAAACCUCAGAAAGAAUCUAUCAAUCUGAUAAUAGCCGUCUCGUUUGGCUUAUUCAUCCCAUCUCGCCUACUUAAGGAGGCGGAGCAUGGAGGUUUGAAUGUUCAUCCAUCUUUGCUCCCAAACUUCCGCGGUGCAGCACCUUUGCAACGCCUUCUCUUAGCUGGAGAAACUAGGACGGGAGUUACACUUCAAACUUUAGACCAUCGGUCUUUUGACCACGGCAAGAUUCUAGCACAAACACAGCCACCAGGAAUAGAAGUCCCGCAUCUGUGUUCCUAUAAUGAAUUGCUUCAAAUCGUUACUCCAAAGGCUGCAGAAAUACUUAUAGACGGUCUGCGCAAUCGAGUAUUUCAACCGCCUAUGGUCGAUGUUGGUAUUUAUGACCAAAAGCAACUGAAGCUGGCGCCAAAAAUAACGUCAAACGAUCGACGCAUAAAUUGGGUAGAGUGGAAAGCUAUUACCAUACUUCGGCAGUCGAAGGCGCUUGGGAGGCCGUGGACUAUGAUGCAAGAUCGUCGUGGUCAACAAUUCCGCGUCACUUUUCACGACGUUAGACAAAUGGACAGGUCCAGCCCUGUAACAGAUCAGAAUCCAUCGUCGGAUAAAAACAUUCUGAAAACGCCUAUCAUGGGAACGCAGUCAUAUCCGGCUCACUGUUCUCUUUUCAUUUCUCAAGAAAACCUCAAGAGAGAGUUGAUGUGGUACACCCACCAAGACUCGGUUGUUUUCGUCGACGGAAAUGGCAAUGCUAUAUGUAUAGAUACCAUAACCGUGGAGGGAAAAACUGCUCAGAACGCCCGCGCUGCUAUGCUUCCAUUUACACUAUCCCCACCAUAG